AUGGAGCGGGAGGAUCGCACGGGGAGAAAGCAUCGGAGAGUCGGUUGGACCCUCCUCUGGGGCCUCACCGUCGUCGCGGGCUUCCUCUUCGGCGUCUAUCACGGCGAGAGGAAGUCGUCCACGGCGCUCUUCGGCCGCGGUGGAUUCUCCGGCAAGGUUGACGCGCUGCAGUGUCCCACCUGCCCGCGGUGCGAGCCCACGAGGUGCCCGGAUCCCGCGCGUCGCGAGUGCCCCAAGUGCGAAGGCGCGGCGGGGUCCGGGGUUGGGUCGUCGCACGGUGCGACCGCCCCGCGAGACGCGGAAGGGGCGAAGACGACGGAGGCGGUGGUGGCCAAGAGGGAGGACGACGGGGACACGAACGGCGGCAACACAGCUGGCGACGGAGGCGACGGCGACGCGGGAGGGUGCCCGAGAUGCGCGCCCUGUCCCAAGUGCGGCUCGAAGGGAACGUGCCCGGAUCCGCCGAGGUGCGGGGACGGCGCCAAACGCGCGCGGGGAGCCGUCGGGGUCGGGGCCGGGGGCGGGUGCUCGUGCGACGAGUGCCCGGUUUGUAAGGGACAGGGCGAGUGCCCGGCGCAUCCCCCGUGCCGGACGUGA